UGAUUCAGCAAGAAACCUCCACUCCACAGCAGAGCCACCCACCCCAACUCAGCCAGGCUGCUGAGGGUGGGGGGAGUCCUCCACCUCCGGCUUCUUGACAGGCCUCUGCAGGUACAGGGCACUACUGGGCAGCAAGCACUGCCACGGGGCGCGAGCACUCCACAGGGCAUGAGAACUGCCAGGUACCGAGUCCCGUUGGGUCCAGCCUCUCACACAGCCACCAUGCAGUUGGCCUGGACACUGCUGGCCUGCUGCUGCCUUGUCCUGAGCGCCGCGGGAGGCCCUUCCAAAGGAUUGCCUGUGAAUUAAAACAUGUUAUGGCUCAGGUCAAAGUUCUGACUACAAUAUAUUCAAAAGUGACAGACCCCAAGAGAUAAAUACUGAAAUGACUAUGAUGAGAGAAGUAGUUCUUCAAAACCAAAUGGACUAUGAUGAGAGAAGUAGUUCUUCAAAACCAAAUGGCCCUCACUAUAAUAUUGCUCAACUCAAGUUACUGAAAUAUUGUCAAUCUUUAAUCCAAUAUUCUAAGGAAUAUUUUCCACAGGUUAAAGAAGCCUUUGGUGGCCAGAAACCAAAAUCUGCCUGAUACUGUUCCAGGGGUCUAUGUAUAUUAGAAGACACAUCAACUAAAAGAUUCCCUGGAGCCUCAUCGGAAUGGACCAUUUUUGUCUCCAGAACAUAAACUCAAGUGUGAAGCCAGGGUUUCCCAAAACAAUAAAGACCAAUAACCCAGGAGUCCUUAAAGCUGCCAGACACACUGCUGAAAGGUUCAAUAACUGCACAAAUGACAUUUUCUUGUUCAAAGAGUCCCACAUCAACAGAGCCCUGGUCCAGAUAGUGAAAGGCCUGAAGUACAUGCUCGACCUGGAUAUUGGCAGAACGACCUGCAAGAAAACCAGGCAUCCCAGUCUAGACAAAUGUGACUUCCAAACCAACCGCACUUUGACACAGACGUUCAGCUGCUACUCUGAGGUCUGGGUUGUUCCCUGGCUCCACAAGGUCACAGUGCUUGUUCUCCUCUGCCACUGACAACCUUCUCUUCCACAAGACUGCAGUUGUGACCAGCAUGCAGCAUGUCCUCUCUGCUACUUUCAGUCACAGCUUCCGGCUACCAGACUCUGGGGACUCCUGAAGCAGGAUCUCACGAGUGAGCAGAAAGGAGGGGCAAGUGGGCUCAUGACAACAGCUGGAGCAGUUUAGAUCACCCCAUAACUAGACUAAAUAUAGGCCUGAACAUGAGAUGGAGUAUUGGAUGGGAAUCAUCCGAGUAGCGAGCCGGCCCGGGGGCACGAGUCUUGGAUGCCUGCAGAGGUUGUCUGUGCGGAGCUCCUGACUGUCCACCGGUCCCCAGGCUUGUAGACAUCCAUCCAUUGAUCUGAGCACCGAGUGGGGGCCAAGUCUGCAACUGACCAUCUUGUCCUUUCAUCGAUAAACAGUUAUGAAUAAAAACUGACCAUCUCAAAAGCAAUGACUAUAUGCUUUCCCUUUCAAUGGAGAGUGAGGGAGGAGAGGUGCGCACUGCAAGUGGUCUCUCUCACUGAGUAGCCUGAAGAUUUCUAAUUACUCCCAGAAAGCCCCUUGACUUGCCUCCUUCUGGUCAUUUAAUUUAGGGAUGGUGGUGAGGAACUGGAGCCCUGGUGGCGAUGUGGUUAAGAGCUCGGCUGCUAGCAAAAAGGUCAGCAGUUCAACUUCACCAGCCGCUCCUUGGAAACCCUAUGGGGCAAUUCUACUCUGUCCUGUAGGGUCACUAUGAGCCAGGCUGGUGAAGAACUGGGCCAUAAGAUGUUCAACUUGUCCAAUGAUUCCCAGGACCCCUGAGGGCAACCCUUGCAAUAACAGAUGAACAUACCCAACCCCAUCAACAGACAGGGUUUCAGGGACAGAAGGGCCUCAGGACACAUGAGAAAGGGGCCAGGUGACCUGUGCAAGGUGGUGAAGCACCCUAAGGUAAGGCCCACUCUCUUAUUUCCCAGUUCACUCUCAUCUCCGUUUUAAAUACAGACCAACAGACAGCAAGGCCAGGCUUCCCCUAAAAACCAGGCUAUCCAGACAUGUCACCUCGCCUGGCCUCACAGCCUCAGAAAUGCUGGCCCAUGACUCUGGGCAAGUCACUUAGCCCUUCUGAGCCUCGAUUCUCUCAGAUUAUCUGCAGAAUGAGGCAGUAUCUGCUUGCACCAUUAAAAAAGAGUCAGCCUGUGUGAAAAAACCUUCGAAAUUAUAUCACUACAUUGAUAAUAAAAAAUCUCAAACGGGGAUCUCUGCUCUAUGAACGGUAAUGACAGAACCCUGGGGGAGUUUUUGCAACAGAUAAUAAAAAGGCACACAAUGAAUCACUCGAUUUAAUUUAAAAAGCAUGUUCAUAAUUCAGAUUAGAGCAAACCCUUUCUAUGGAUACAGCAAAAGCAGAUCACACAUCUAAACUGAGUAAAAUCUGCACCCCACCAGGCCAAACUACCAUACAGAACACAGGAAAUGACACUUUUGAGAUAAAAAAAUAACACAGGGUCACACUUUGCUGCAAAGUGUGAAAACCAAUUUACCAGCUUCUCUGUAUUGAUGAAAACUGAGCACUGAAAGCAAAGCCCUCUGUUCUCAGCUGACAACCUGAGAUGGGAACUUGUAGGCCCAGCACACCUGAACUGACUUUAUGAUUGAGUCAUCAGGUACUGUCUUAUUAUUUUUGUAUUCCUGAUUUACGAGGCACACCACUAGCUAUUAAAAUGUAUUUAAUAAUGACUACUCAGUUUUCUAACAUACAAAGUCACAUAAACAAUAUUCACAGUUGUUCAGGGGACCUGGUUGCAUCAACCAGGUUGAAGCCCUUCUUUGAAUCCAUUCUACUGAUGCUGUCCACACAGCACCACCCCUGUGCAGCCCAGUGCAACAAGACUAAGCCACCGUCAGGCUCCUGGCACCCGCUUCCCCUCAGAUGGGACCUGACCAGCGCAGGGUGGGGGCAGGACUGGGAGAGGGAUCGGGGGUAGGACACCAGCCGUGCAACAAGACUAAGCCACCGUCAGGCUCCUGGCACCCGCUUCCCCUCAGACGAGGCCUGACCAGUGCAGGGUGGGGGCAGGACUGGGAGAGGGAUCAGGGGGUAGAACACCGGCCAGUGCAACAAGACCAAGUCACCGUCAGGCUCCUGGCACCCGCUUCCCCUCAGAUGGGACCUGACCAGCGCAGGGUGGGGGCAGGACUGGGAGAGGGAUCAGAGGGUAGAACACCGGCCAGUGCAACAAGACUAAGCCACCGUCAGGCUCCUGGCACCCGCUUCCCCUCAGACGGGGCCUGACCCACACAGGGUGGGGGCAGGACUGGGAGAGGGAUCAGGGGGUAGAACACCAGCCAGUACAACAAGACUAAGCCACCAUCAGGCUCCUGGCACCCGCUUCCCCUCAGAUGGGGCCUGACCAGCGCAGGGUGGGAGCAGGACUGGGAGAGGGAUCAGGGGGUAGGACACCAGCCAGUGCAACAAGACUAAGCCACAGUCAGGCUCGUGGCACCCGCUUCCCCUCAGAUGGGGCCUGACCAGCGCAGGGUGGGAGCAGGACUGGGAGAGGGAUCAGGGGGUAGGACACCAGCCAGUGCAACAAGACUAAGCCACAGUCAGGCUCCUGGCACCCGCUUCCCCCAGACGGGGCCUGACCCGCACAGGGUGGGGACAGGACUGGGAGAGGGAUCAGGGGGUAGAACACCAGCCAGUGCAACAAGACACAGAAGGUUCAGGUUGUACCACAGCUGCCACUCACCUUUGAUUUUAACAUGGCUGCCUAUUUAAAACACGGUGUUUGUCAAGUUGUUAAAAUACUUCCAGAGAUAAAAUCUCUGGUACAUUAGUUCAUAAACACGCAGGGAUGAAAAGAACAGGUAUUAGCCCCAUUUUGAAGGCUGGAAAACAUGAGAGAAAUUACUAUUAACUUGCCCAAGAACGACUCAACACUGACAGAUGCACAGCCGGAGGCUGGCCUGCUCUCCCGGAGACGGCUGCUGUGUAUACACGUGUCCUGUGGGCUGUCUUCCUGAGCAAAUCGAACGGACACUUGUCGCUGAGACAAAAUCCUAACCAAAACAACCCUCAUAUCAACACUUAAAGAAGGGAAUUUCUAGUCACUGCUAAAAUAUUAAACUAAAGAAGACAGUCCCAGACAACACCAUCAAAAAAGGUUAAGCGGCAGAAAAGUAGAUUUAAUAUGAUCAUCACUACAUGCGACUCUCUAAUAAAUUUAUGACCAGUGGGUAAACAUAACUGUUAAGAUAUUCAACAAUUUCGGGCCUCUAACACUCGACUCGACGGCACUAGGUUUUUUUAGGUUUAACACUCCAACGUACCGUGCCCUACUCAUGUCUGCAGGUCUAGGGUGAACAAAGAACAAAGGUGUAGAAGCAGGCCUCUCCUAAAUCUACCCCUGCAGUACGAAAUCACUGCAUCCAACAAUUCCCAGUGCAGUAGUGAGUUUACAGACACUCGUAAAGCCCUCGCUGAGCUGGUGGAGUAAACACACGUUUCAAAGGCACUGACUUGCAGAUCCCUGAAACCCUCUAGGAUGGUGGGGGCUGAGCUGGACAACAGGCUGGGAGGUGCGAACACCACCCUCCUCCAUGGCUGGAACAGGCUGGGAGGUGCGAACACCACCCUCCUCCAUGUGGAAGGGGGCCUGGGGACCAACAGCACAACUCUCGAGGACACAGUUCUAAGUUCCUCUGCACAGCUACUGCCACUGAGCUCAAUGCACGUCAGCUCUGUGCUCCCCUCCCCCAAGCAAAGGCAUUGCCCAGUUUACAGUGAAGACAUGGAGGCUGGCAGGACAGAGCCAGCAGCCAAAACAAGAGCUCUGAGCAGCUCAUCUACUGCUCUAUCCA